UCUUUCCAAACAUCUGAACGCUUCAGUCCAGAUCCUCUGCUGGCCUCUCAUUCACUCUUUAUUCUAUCAGGGCUUAACUUUAGUCAGAAAAGAAGCCACAGAGAGCUUCAGAUGAGCUGCUGGAGUUACAGAUGUCCAGCUUCUUCAUCACGCACAAUCCGGGCUUGAGGAGGUGAGAGAAGAAGACUGACAGUCCCAGCAGCCAAUCAGGACAGAGUUCUUGGCGUGGAUUGGAGCCGCGGGGCAGGAGGGGAGGCGCGACGCGGGGAAAAAGCAAAUAGUUGUGUGAAGAGCAUCACUACAGAGUAGAGCGCGCACGGGGAGCGAGCCUGAGGAGCGACAGGAGCAGAGCCGCGUCUGUCCGUGACCGCGGUGGAGAACACGCUCGCUGAGUCCCCUGACAUGGAUUACAGUCUCCACUGUUUGGACCGGACCCACCGCUCCGGCAGCGCAGAACCUCCCCGGGAUGUUUGUGCGCAGCCGCAGCUCACCAGAGAGCGGAGCUGAGCGCGGAAAAGUGCGCGAGGAGAGCAGCCGGAUCCAGGUUUGAUGGACUCGCGUUCCUGGAGACUUUUACGCAUCUGGAGAGUUUCCGCGCGCCACUGAGGCGCAUGGAUACUGCUACACGCGCCACAGACCAAUGAUACUCAGGUGUAGAACCCGUGUUUCGGACCAACGUGCACCCGGUUCUCCCACGAUGUCCAUGCUUCUGCUCCUGCUGUGCGUCAUCCAAGGAGCGCGCGCUCAGAUCAGAUACUCAGUGCCGGAGGAGGCAGAACACGGAACGUUCGUGGGGAACAUUGCGGAGGACCUGGGGCUGGACCUCACAAAACUAGCCUCGCGCCGCUUUCAGGUGGUGCCGAGCUCGCGGAGCCCGUACCUGGAAGUGAACCUGGAGAACGGAGUCAUGUUUGUCAAAGACCAGAUAGACCGCGAGCUCAUCUGCAAGCAGAGCGCGAGCUGCCAGCUGAACAUGGAGGUGUUCCUGGAGGACCCCCUGGAGCUGUUCCGCGUGGAAAUCGAGGUGGUGGACAUAAAUGACAACCCCCCCAGUUUCCCGGAGACCGAUAUCACUGUGGAGAUCUCCGAGAGCGCGACCCCCGGCACGCGCUUCCCGCUGGAGAGCGCUUUCGACCCAGACGUGGGCUCCAACGCUUUACGCACGUACGACAUGACCACCAACAACUUCUUCUUCCUGGAUGUGCAGACCCAGACGGACGGGAACAAGUUCGCAGAGCUCGUGCUGGAGAAGCCGCUGGACCGGGAGCAGCAGGCGGCGCACAGGUACGUGUUGACGGCCGUGGACGGCGGGCAGCCCCCGCGCACCGGCACCGCGCUGCUCGUGGUUAAAGUUCUGGACUCUAAUGACAACGUGCCCGCGUUCAUGCAGCCCGUCUACACAGUGAGUUUGCCCGAGAACGCGCCCGCGGGCACUCUGGUCAUCCAGCUGAACGCCACGGACAAGGACGAGGGGCUGAACGGGGAAGUGGUCUACUCCUUCAGCAACCACAUCUCCAGCCGCGUCAAGGAGCUCUUCAGCAUCGACGCACGCACUGGGCGCAUCGAGGUGCGAGGGGAGGUGGACUUCGAGGAGAGCAGCUUGUACCAGAUCUUCGUGCAGGCCAAGGACCUGGGCCCCAACGCCAUCCCCGCGCACUGCAAGGUCCUGGUCAACGUGGCCGACGUGAACGACAACGCGCCCGAGAUCACCUUCAGCACGGUCACGGAGUCCGUGAGCGAGAAGGCCGCGCCCGGGACCGUGAUCGCGCUGCUGAGCGUGAUGGACCGGGACGCGGAGGACAACGGACAGGUGCACGUGGAGAUCCUGGGGGACGUGCCCUUCAAGCUGAAGUCUUCCUUCAGGAACUAUUUUACAAUCGUCACUGACGGGCCGCUCAACCGCGAGCACGUGGACUCCUACUCAGUGACCGUGGUCGCGAGGGACAAGGGAACCCCGUCACUGGCCACCAGUAAGUCCAUCCGCGUGCAGGUGUCUGACGAGAAUGACAACGCGCCCACCUUCACCCAGCCCGUGUAUGACGUGUACGUGACGGAGAACAACGUGCCUGGGGCGUACAUCCACGCGGUCACGGCCCUGGACCCGGACACGGGGCAGAACUCCCUGAUCAGCUACUCCAUCCUGGAGUGUGACAUCCAGAGCAUGUCCGUGAAGACCUACGUGUCCAUCAAUGAGGAGACGGGGUACCUGUACGCCCUCCGCUCCUUUGAUUAUGAGCAGUUGAAGGACUUCUCCUUCAUGGUUCAGGCCAGAGACUCCGGCGCCGAGGAGCUGGCGUCCAACGCCACGGUCAGGGUCAUCAUUGUAGAUCAGAAUGACAACCCCCCCCUUGUGCUGGCUCCUUUGGGCAAAAAUGGGACAGCCAGGGAGCCCCUCCCCCGUUCAGCUGAGCCAGGUUACCUGGUGACCCGGGUGGUGGCCAUGGAUGCAGACGACGGUGAGAACGCCCGCCUGUCCUACAGCAUCCAGCGUGGCAACGAGAACGGCAUGUUCCGGAUGGACUGGAGGACGGGGGAGCUGAGGACGGCCAGGCGGGUGUCCACCAAGCGAGACCCCCACCAGAUGUAUGACCUGCUGAUUGAGGUGAGGGACCACGGCCAGCCGCCGCUGUCCUCCAGCGCCAGUGUGCUGGUGGUGCUGGUGGACAGCGUUGCUGAAGGCCGUGGCGGUGGAGACAAGGGGGCCACCACUAAAGCCAAAGAUGGCGCCCUGGACCUGACCCUCAUCCUGAUCAUCGCCCUGGGCUCCGUGUCCUUCAUCUUCCUCCUGGUCAUGAUCGUGCUGGCUGUGCGCUGCCAGAAGGACAAGAAGCUGAACAUCUACACGUGCCUGAUCAGCGACUGCUGCCUGGCUGCAGCUCCUGCAGCGCGCGGCAGGCCCGCUCCAGGAAGAAGAAGAUCAGCAAGUCUGACAUUAUGCUGGUGCAAAGCACGGUCAAUGUGGGGGGCCUGGCGUGGCCCAAAGUCCCCGUGGAGGAGUCUGGCAGCUUCGGCUCCCACCACCAAAACCAGAACUACUGCUACCAGGUGUGUCUGACCCCAGAGUCUGCAAAAGAACCGACCUCAUGUUCCUGAAGCCCUGCAGCCCGUCCAGGAGCUCCGACACUGACCACAACCCGUUGUGGCGCCGUGAUGUCAGCCUACACGGACCCGCAGCCCGACAUCAUCUCCAACGGCAGCAUCUUAUCGAGCGAGGUAAGAGCUCUUCCUGUGACGCU